AUGAAUGCAGUGGUCAGACAAAUGGUUACGCAGCAGACGUAUAGGUUAUGUUAUAGAACUUCAUACAAAUAUUUACAAGCUCCCGUAGCCUCAAGAUGUUAUGUUAUUAAUCGAAAUUAUUGUGAUAACAAAUUAGAAACAAGAAGACUUCCUCAAUUGAUGGAAUUUCCGCCUGUAGUAUGGCCAUCAUUUAUAAAUUUCAUCAAAAACUGGAUGUUUUCAACAUUUAUUAUCCGACCUUAUUUCGAGCCAGAAUUUAGUCUCCAAGAGUUUAUAGAAGCUUCUAAACAUGCUGUUCAGGUAGUGUCAGAAGGCCUGCAGAACAGUGAUUUUAAUAAUUUAGAUGGUUUGGUAGAAAAGGAUGCAAUAUCCACACUUAAAACAGCCGUGUCACAGUUGUCUAUUUCACAGAGGCAAUUAUUAAGGAUAGAUAAAGAUGAUAUUUUCUAUGCAUUUCCAUAUCAGGUAGGUGUUAUGUUUGAUGAUGCUGACAAGAGAUGGGUGGAGAUUACAAUGUGCUAUCAUGUUCUAAGAGGCCUGAAAAGCAUGAAAGACAGUGGAGAUUUACCUCCUAUUACAUUAGGGGGCCAACCAGAAUUUGAAGACAAAAUAUUUAUUCUUAACUACAGAUUCAUUAGAGAGUUCACAAAAGGUGUAGAAGACAGUUGGUGGAUUAAUAUUGUUAAUCAUUUCCAACCACAAAAUCUAAGGAGAAACUAA